ACCCUAGGCAGUAGGCAUACCCCUGAUUCCUGAAAUUAGCAAAACGAAUCCUUCUCCAAUUCUAGGCCCAAGCCCAAGCCCAAUUGGCAUUCUAUGAGUUGUUGUAAAUUCGUGAGUCCGUGACUCGGAGAUGAAGAACGGGCUCUGUUUUCAGAACCGGACCGGAGGCUGAACCGGAAAAGUUAGUGGUUUAAGGGUUCUCCGGUUAACUGUUACAAAACCGUUGGUGAACCGUUGAUAGAACCGUUAAUGAUAUAUAACAAAUUUUAAGAAUGAAAUUUAUCAUUGACCAUAAACAAGUUCAAAUUCAUAUCAUCACGAAAAUAUCUAAUAAAUCAUUCCAACCAUCUCAAAAAAAAACCACAUUUUUUAAUUCAAAUUAAAAAUUACGGUUCUAGUUGGUAGUAGACAAUGUAAAAUCGACAAUAAGGUUGAGGAAGCAUAUAUAAAAUUAAUAAUUAUGAUUUGAUGGUUUUAGUUUAUGUUAAAAUAUUUUUUUUGUUAAAAUAGUGAACCAAUGGACUAGCUAAACCGUGUCGGUUCAUCUGAUUUUAUGUUGAACCGUGAAAACCCGUUUGGUCCAUCAUUAACCGUUCAAACAAUGAACCGGACCGCUAUCGUAACUGGUUUGACGGUUCUACUGGCCAGACCGUUGAUCCGGUUCGGUUCCUAUAACAAGGAGAACGGGUAAAAAAAUAUAAACCGCGGCAAAUAAAUCCGGCGAAUGACCCAAGAAACCAAUUGGAAAAGUCAACCGGACCGUUGGGCCGAAACCGAACGGGAAAACACGUCAACGAUUUCCUCUUCCCGGGUAAACCUAAAUUACAACGGAAAACGAACUCACCCUCGACCUGCACGGUACUUUCCCACUCUCUUCCCCGUCGGGUUCCCGCGUCCGACCCGGCCGGCAACCUAUAUAACACCCACCAAAUACCAAAACCUCCAUCCAUCAUCCCUUCACAUUUCAAUUCAAUUCGCUGUACGGAUUCAUCAAUGGCGCCAGCAGCAGGAACCCGGACCCUCGAAUUCACGCUCCUCUCCGCGGAGGACCUCCGCCUCGACGGGCGGCCCGUCAAGAAGAACGCGUUCGCCGUCGUGAGAUCCGAAUCCGACCCGUCGAAUUCCGGGUCGACGAGGGCGGAUCUCGACGGCGGGAGCUACCCGCUCUGGAACGAGAGGGUCGUCGUCGCGAUCCCAUUGUCGAACGGUUCGGUGACGGUGGAAGUGCGAUGCCGGGUCGGGUCAGGGAACAGAGUGGUGGGAGCGGUGGCCGUGCCGGUUUCCGAUUUCUCGGGGGAAUCGACGCCGGAGGAUUACCUCCAUUUUUUGAGCUACCGGUUGCGGGACCCGAAAGGGGUUAAGAAUGGAAUCGUCAAUUUCUCGGUUAGGGUUAUCGGCGGAAGAGGUAAUUGUUCCGCGGCGGCGAGGAAGGAGGUGGGGGCGGAGUACGGCGGUUUUUCUACGUACGGUCCUUCCUGGGGCGCGCAGUCGUCGUGGAGAUUGCAAGUUGGAGUGCCGGUGGCUGGCGGCCGGAGCAAUUACGGUGGCGGCGGAGGUGUAGUUACUGGCGUUCCUGUUUGGGGAUCGUCCCGCGCCUGAGUUCCAUGUUCAUCCUAAUCGGCAGCUGAUUUCCGAUUUGGUUUCUGAUGUAAAUGUUUUCACCACUUGGUGUAAAUACAUUGUUAGUGAUGGAGUUGAUUAGUGAUUACUAUCUCCAUCUACUAGUUCAAAAUUGAGAGCAUACAACAUGCACAUUAGUAAGUACGAUUAUGAUUUCUUGCAAUGUUUUCUGGUUUAUAGUAAUUAUUGAUCGGCAUACUUUCUUCGGUUUAAUCGAUUUGUAUUACACUCGAUACUAGGGUCGGGCAAUGGGCGUGUUGGGUGAAUUUUGGUCUAAAAUUGACCCACCCACUUACUAGCAGGUUGGAAUAUAUGUGACCCGCAAUCCACCCACAUACUUAUGUGGGUUGGGUUGGGUGGGUGACGGAUGUGUGCGGUUGGGUGGCGGGUUAAUCCGCAAAAGCAAUUUUCCAACUAGCCAUUAAGAAAAUUGAUUAACAUUUAUAAUAAGUUCAUAGUAAAUUAAUAUGAUUGUA